ACUUUAUGGGGGUUGGUUAUUUUCUUGCUUCGUUUGGUAGCUGAACAUUUUUUAAUAAAAUAAUGGCCAAAGCUAAUAAAACAAAAAAUUUGCUCAUCCAUGAUGCAAAAAAUAAUUCCAUUGUUUUCAGGGGAUACCUGUGCCUGCAUCUGAUCUUCUCUGCAAAGAAAAUGUCAGCUACCGGAGAAUUGUCGCUUGAAACUUCAUCAGAGUAUGACAGAACCAAAGAGUUGAAGGCUUUUGAUGACACAAAAACAGGUGUUAAAGGACUAGUUGAUGCAGGGAUUGUUAGCAUCCCCAAGAUAUUCAUCCGACCGCCUGAGGAGCUUGCUGAGGAACUAAAUUUAUGCCAUGGAGACGUCGAAGUUCCAGUUAUAGAUCUCAGCAACAUCCAGAGCUCUGAUCGACGGAAGGAGAUUGUAGAUGAAAUCAGGGUUGCAUCAGGAGAAUGGGGCUUUUUUCAGGUAAUAAAUCAUGAGAUCCCUUUAAGUGUGUUGGAUGAGGUGAUUGAUGGGAUACGCAGGUUCCACGAGCAAGAUGCUGAGGUGAAGAAGGAGUUCUAUACCCGUGAUCUAAUGAAGAGAGUAAGGUGUGAGACAAAUUAUGAUCUAUUUUUGUCACGCUCUGCUAAUUGGAGGGACACUCUGCACAUUACUAAAGUAAUUUCGGAUAAUAUUGAUCCUGGAGAAUUACCAGCUGCCUGCAGCAAAUCAUCGGUGGAGUAUAUAAAGUGCAUCAGAAAGUUGGGAAACACUUUGCUUGAGUUACUAUCGGAGGCCCUUGGUCUCCAAGCAGACCACCUAGGCUCCAUGGAAUGUGGUAAAAGUUGCGGCCUUUUCUGCCACUACUAUCCAGCAUGCCCUGAGCCUGAACUGACUCUUGGAGCAAGCUCGCAUACAGAUCCGAGCUUCUUCACUCUGCUUUUGCAGGACCAGAUAGGUGGCCUCCAAGUCUACCAUGAAGGCCAAUGGGUGAACGUCAACCCCAUUCGUGGAGGUGUUAUAGUGAACAUAGGAGACUAUCUCCAGUUUUGCCUUAGAUACCUAUUUAUUUACAUUUUUGGUAUAUCAGAUGGCAAUUUGUAUUAUAGGAGAUGAAUCAUCCCUUACUAAUCUGGAAGUUCCAUGUUCAACCUGAAGAAAAUCUCGUCUCCUUAAAGACAUACUUGCACAUGCUCUUAAAACUUUUUAUGUUAUUUCUGUAGAUGGUAUCGAACGACAUAUUUAAGAGUGUAGCUCAUAGAGUGACAGCCAACCACACUGGACCUAGAAUUUCUGUGGCAUGCUUCUUUCUCGGAGAUGGUGGAAUGGAUGAGAAGCCAUUUGGCCCUAUCAAAGAGUUAAUCUCAGAGUCAAGUCCUCCUCGAUACAAAGAAUUCCUUGUUAGGGAAUUUAUGAUCAAAUUUUACUCCAGAUCACUAGACAAGUCUGGUCUUGAUUAUUACAAGAUAUGAAGUUAACAUGACAGUCAUUAUGGAACAAUGAUAUUUUCACCGUCCGAGAAGCAAAGAUGAAAGUCUAAUAAUGGUGCUUUUGAACUUUAUGGAUUAUUUCAAGUUUCAGUAAUGCUAUGUUAUGUUGGUGUUGUCCUUGUUAUUACUUUCCAGAUUCUGCAAGAACAUAAAAAUUGGCAGAAAAU